UAAGACUCGUAGGUAGGAAAUAAAACAGAAUAAUGGGCUUUUCCUUUUCUAAACUGAGUGACUUUAACGUUAGAGAAUGAUGAAUGUGUUUAUUUGGCCUGUGCUGGUGACGUUGUUCUCAUUGUCGCUGGCAGGCUACAUUCCGCCAGGACCUCGAUAUCCGUGUCCGCAACAACCACAGUUCCUCUACCCGUGCUCAUGUGUCGCUGGCUCAGACGCUGGUUUGUACGUCGUCUGCACAAAGACUAACCUCGCAUCACUCUCCAUCGGCCUAGCCAACCUUGGAAGUUUAAAUGUGCCGAUAGAAGAGUUAACCAUAACAUCUAGUAACUUUGCCCAUCUCUACGGGGAUCUGCUGUAUCCGUUGAAGGUCCGAAUACUGAAGAUCUCAGACACACCAAUCAGAACAAUCGAACCUUUCUCAUUCCUUGGAGUGAACCGAACGUUGCAAGAGCUCCACAUCGUCAACUCCGCUCUAGAAGACUUCCCAAAACAAGCCUUUAAGAAUUUAGGAAAUCUUACUGCACUCAACAUAGAUGGCCAUAAAAUGAAAAAGUUAGAGAAAGAUUCCUUCAGCUCAACUAGUGUGCCAAGUCAGUUGCAGCGUCUAACGAUUGUCAAUGGACCUUUGGAGGAGUUUCCGGCAGAAACUCUUACCAGUUGUCAGAAACUGAAGCGUCUAGACCUCCAUAACAAUUCAAUCUCAACGUUGAAAAAGGGGCAGUUCAAGGGGCUUCGGGACACCGAAUUUUUAGACUUGUCGUAUAACAAUCUUACAAAAGUGGAUGGAACGCACAUGUCUGACCUCAUCAAGAUGGGUUGGUGUAACUUGUCACACAACGCCUUGCCUGAGGUGACCAGGGGAGCGUUUGCUCGAAACGCUGUGCUUCGCUCCCUGAACCUCAGUCACAACAAACUGCGCAAGUUGGACUCUAACUCAUUCCGUGGUAUGCGUCUGAUUCGUCGGCUCUACCUGAGCGACAACAACAUUACUGACGUUGGUCGAGGAACAUUCGACAGCCUUGGUAGAAUUGGAACUAUCGACCUUGCACGGAAUCGUAUAAAAAAGAUUGAUUUUCAAAUGUUCAAUAAGCUACAAUACGUUGAGGUGAUCGAUGUUUCCUCAAAUCUUGUAACGAACAUCCAGAAACACGCUUUCAAAGAACUGUAUCUGGUACAUAUAAACUUGUCACACAAUGCCAUAAACAAGAUUGAAUCAAACGCUUUUGAUAAUUGUGCAAACAUUACCGUGUUGGAUAUGUCUCACAACAAAAUAGCAGAUAUUCCCAAAAACGGAUUUGAUGAAAUCACCUACGCGACUGAACUACAACUUUCCUACAAUGAUCUGACAGAUCUCUCUCAAGUUCCGUUGGCAAACAUGACAGGCAUUAAAGUGUUGAACGUUAGUCACAACAAGUUGGCAGUGGUGCCACGUAACACGUUUCCCAAACUGUACGAGCUUCACACGAUCGACCUCAGUCACAACGAGAUCUCCAACAUAGCAGUCGCAGUGUUCCAGACGCUGUUUAGUCUACGGACGUUACUCUUGGACCACAACGCUCUUGAGGAGGUCAAAUCCGGUACCUUCGGAACAUUACCGACCCUCCUCCACAUGGACCUCAGCUACAACCAAAUGUCUCGUUUGAACAGACAAGCGUUCACGAGACUACCUUCUCUUCGUACUAUGUCAUUGAAGGGUAACCUAUUGUCAGAGUUGUUUGAGAUUCCUCAGUCUCUGUCUCAUUUAGACGUCAGUCACAACCUCAUCUCAUUCGAGACUCCCAACAAGUGGCCUUCUAUGAACUCCUUGCUGUCCCUGGAUCUCAGCUUCAACUCCAUCGGUGACAACUUAGUCGGCGAAAGUCUUUCCCCGUUGUUGACACUUCAGAGCUUGGAUUUAAGUUUCAACGGUAUUUCGAUCCCUCCUAAAGAGGCUCUGAGUGCUCUUCCAUCAUUGCAACACUUGAACAUGGAGAAUAAUGAAGUGACUGAACUGGAGAAGCAAGGGUUUGGUGUGUUACCAAUCGUGUCCGUGCUCAAUCUUGCAAACAACCAGAUUGAAGUGUUGAAUAGUGAUGCUUUCAAAGGACUCACGCAACUCAUCGUGCUAAACAUUACUUCAAACAAUAUCACCUCCAUCUCAAGUGCUGCGUUUAGAGAUCUUGUCGCAUUGAGGACGUUGGAUCUGUCUCAUAACCAAAUAGAGUCAUUAGACAACAAAACCAAUAGCAUAUUUGAAUAUCUUUUGUCCCUAGAAAAUCUCAACAUUAGUCACAACAAAAUAUCGUUCUUGACUCGUAAGUCAUUCCCGAGCAGUCAGUGGGUCCCCUACCGCCUCCGUAAUUUGGAUUUGAGUUUCAAUGAAAUGCCAGUGUUGACCUAUGAACUAACAUUUGGAACCAAAACAUUGUUUUAUUUAAAUAUCAGCCACAACAUGGUGAAUGAGAUUAGAAAGUCUGUUCUUGGCAACUUAACAUCUCUGCAAGUGUUGGAUUUGUCCCACAAUCUCAUUGAUGAUGUCAUUGCUCCUAAUGUGUUUAUUCUCCCGACAAACCUCUCUUAUCUGUCUCUAUCUCACAACUCUCUGCAUACUUUCCCUUUGAAACCCAUCCUGAAAACCAACACGUUGAAACACCUCGAUCUUCGCUAUAACCAGUUAGAGUCCUUCUACAAUGAGCUUAUGCCGAUGGUUAAAAACGGCACUCAGAUCUACUAUGAAGGUAACCCUGUGAGCUGCGACUGCAGACUGAGACCUGUGAGAAGAUGGGCCGUGAACUCUGUGGAGGCUGACGGAGUCUGGAGCGAGUUUCAUUGUCUGGACCUUGUUGAGCAGCAACUAACUAACUCUACACUCCUCGAACUGUCAGAGGAAUCUCUCCCAUGCAACUCAAAAGAAGAAGAGGAAGAUGAAGACCUACAACUCACUCCUGAUGUCAAAUUCAGGCAGUUGCAAAAAACUCGAGACGGUGGAGUGAAAAUCACUUGGUUUGUCAACACAAAACUGGACAUUGCAGACUUCAGGUUGAUUGUGAAAGAGCAGAAACAAGACAAUGAUACAACUGAAGAAGAAACACCACUGUGGGAAAAACUUGCAUCCUACAACACUAGGAGUGAUGUUUUAUAUACGUUGCCAAAGAAUAAGGCGGAUCUGAAGCUUUGUAUUGAGGCAGUGUCCAGCGAAGGCUCGGCUAGACCCGUCUUGCCUUCUCAAUGUACAGAACUGCCCUACCUCAACUCUGCUUCUAACCAUCUAUCCUUUUGGACUAUUAUUUUGGCCGUCCUUUAUGUACCUUACACACAAAAUUUAUAUUUAUGAGUGAAUGAACUUAGUAACGAAUGUGCUGGUGCAAUCUUUUACUGUGAUGAAAGUGGUAGUUUUUACCUACUACAUUUUUUACACUCUUACAAGUAAAUUAAAAAAGUGUUUUUGUUAUAUUUUUGUGUCGACUGAGAUAACUCAAAAACAAAUGCAUUGUACCUCACUUAUAUAGGCUUACCUCCGUCAGUAGUCCAAAAUUGUGUCUUAAUUCAACUAAUGUUGAUCAAAGCUGACAUGUUUCGUUGCAUUGCAACAUCGUCGGAGCUUUACGUCAAAAACAUCAAAUAAUUUAAACAUAAAAUACAACA